AUGAGCAACAAAUCAAGAGGUGGAUUGUUGGCAGGUGCCAAUGAAUCAUUGUGCUGCUGUGAAUACACGAACAUGCAUGGUGAAAAAAGUCAUUUGUUAGCAGUCUGUUGUGAUUGUGAGGCACUGGACGAAACUUUUGAUAAAAUUUUUAAAUGUGAACGAGUCUCGGAGUCAACAAUUGACCGUCUCCUGAACACCAUCUCGGACAGAUGUUGUCGACUGCCGACCUGUUUUGGCCAUGGAGCUGUGAAACUUCGCCCGGACAUUGUCACGCCAAUUGUCGUUGUUCCGCUGUGCCUUGUUCUGGCCACUAUUCAUCCAGUUAUGACAGUUGUGUGUUUCUUGUUCAUGCCUAUAUUUAUCAUGACUUUUCAUGCCCUCUGGAGACGGAAGGAUACAAAUCGACGAUCAAUGUUUUUUUAUUCGUGGGGACUUUCUUCGAUCAUCUCUGCAUAUCUUGUGUUUCAGAUCUUUGUUGUUGCCUUCCGAGAGGUGUUGCUAUGGGAGAUCCUGACUGUGUUUACAUCAAUGGUCAUCAUGUUCUAUUUCCUGUACCUGACAAAACGGGAUCCGGACCGACUGAUCAUUCAAUCCAAGACUCGGCCCAGCCACAAGCGAACUCCCUCCAACCCCCUUGUGGACGCUUCUAGCUCUUUUUACGACCAGAUAAAUGGCCAGAAUAUGCAGCAGACACUUCAAGAUGGGGAUUUUUCAAACCUGACUUUGGAAACUGCGGCAGGUAGUUCACCUGGAAGCUGGCCAGAGUCAAGAACAAUGGGAGGGAAGCUGGAUCUUCCGCCCAGGACGGGCUACUGCAGGAUCUGUCAGGAAUACAUUGCCGUAAGAGAUCACCAUUGUGUAUGGAUCGACAGCUGUGUGGGUGCCAGCAACCACCGCUCAUUUCUCCUGACCAUGAUCAUGUUUAUUUUGACCGGUGUGUAUUCCAUUCACCUGACCUUCACCACAGUGUGCACCCCUAAGAUGUACCUAGAUUGGUUUCUGAUGCCAAACGAUUGCAGAUGGCUGUAUAAUGACUUCCUAACCGCUAUAUGCUUUGUCACUGCAGUCUACUGUACCAUCGCUGUGUCACUAAUGUGUCUGGGCCUCCUGUACCAGGCCCUGCUCAUCAGCCAGAACUUAACCUCACAUGAACUGUCGCAGGCCCAUCGCCAAGGCUUGACAACAUGUGUUUUCUUCGUCAGAAACAACCCCUAUAAUAAGGGCUUUUUGAGAAAUUGGCUGGAGUUUUGGCUUCUUCCAACAAGGGCUGGCACCUCUGGGAUGAUGGUCUGA